AACUGACAGCGACUGAGGCAGAUACACGGACCAGAGACUCUGUCCAACGUGCCCCAGGUCGCCAGCGCUGUAACCUGCUAGCGCCGACCACGCCGUCUCAUAUUCCAUCUCCUGUCCCCCACUGGCGUGGCUUCUGACUGCAAACAUUCCUCUUGCACCUCGGAGCAAGAAAAUGCAACGUCUUAAGUCGCACCUUCUGGAGGGAGAGUUAACAAGGCGGCUGGAAGCAGAGAGACGAGAAUCCAAGCGCGCGGAGACCAGACUGCGGAAUGGGCUGCAUGACUUGGAGGAGGCAAGGUUCUCUUGUAUCAACCGAAUGAUGAAGGAACAGAGGCGCAUCCAGAGGGACCUUCUCAGGAUCAAGAAUGGCUACUCCAAGAAGAAGGCAGCAAACAAUUAUCGAAGGCUCUGCCCAGACCCCAACAAUCCAUCCAGAGAAACGCUCGGGUCCAACAACAAACUUUUACCCAUCAGACUAACGGCAAAAGAUGGGAGUCUCAUCUUGGCAUCGGAAGGAAUCAGGGGGCAGAAGGAGUCGGUGAAAAUGAGCAGGGUGGUGGUGCCAGCCAGCGUUUCCCGUGCUCUACAGAGCCGGAUCAAUGACUUCCUCGGUGGGUUCGGCGGCCGGCAGGAGAAGGUGGAGGAGCGGGCGGGAGCGGGGGCGGAGGUGGAAGAGGUCCAAGCCCAGCCAAAAGCAGACGCAGCGCCAAUCGGCAGCGCCAACACGGCCGGCUCCCUGGUCAAGAUCUCCCCCGGGAGGGGGAACCAAGCGGCAUUGGAAUCGGGGAACGGUGGGUCGGGCCACGGCGAUGCUGCCUGCUGCCAUCCCAACCCAAGCCAAGUCAAGACCAGGCCACCCAACGGCAGCCUGCAGCCCCUCCCCACCCUGGAGAACGCCCCCGACGAGGGUGACUUCUACGCACCGGACGGGCUGCCCAGAACCAUGCACACCAUGCCCAGCUUCCAGGAGGCCUUUGCUCAGGCGAGGAAAGCUCGCUACAUCAGGCACCGCACCAAGACCGAGGAGGAGAAGGAACUGUCCAUCAGUGAGAUCUUCGGAAGGUGCCCUGGACCCAGGCAGGACGGAGGGGCUGUCAAGGACAAGAACUCUACGGGAACAAAUUGAGACUUAAAAAAAAAGAAAAAUUCCAGGAUCUCACUGAACGAAAAAAAUUAAAGUAAAUACUUGCUGGAAGUGUCAACUCUACCUUGGGUAAUAUUUUCUUUUACAGCCAGGAGACAGGCCCCUCGGCCCACCGAGUCCAUGCCGACCUGCAAUCACCC